GGAAGUAUCCUACACCAAAGUAUCCUACACCAAGGGAAGUAUCCUACACCAAGGGAAGUAUCCUACACCAAAGUAUCCUACACCAGAAAGUAUCCUACACCAAGGGAAGUAUCCUACACCAAGGGAAGUAUCCUACACCAAGGGAAGUAUCCUACACCAGGGAAAGUAUCCUACACCAAGGGAAGUAUCCUACACCAAGGGAAGCAUCCUACACCAAGGGAAGUAUCCUACACCAAGGGAAGUAUCCUACACCAAGGGAAGUAUCCUACACCAAGGAAGUAUCCUACACCAGAAGUAUCCUACACCAGGAAAUGUCCCUACACCAGAAGUAUCCUACACCAGGAAAGUAUCCUACACAAGGGAAGUAUCCUACACCAGGAAAGUAUCCUACACCAGGAAGUAUCCACCAAGGGAAGUAUCCUACACCAGGAAAGUAUCCCACAAGGGAAGUAUCCUACACCAAGAGUAUCCUACACCAAGGGAAGUAUCCUACCACAGGGGAAGUAUCCUACACCAAGGGAAAGUAUCCUACACCAAGGAAGUAUCCUACACCAAAGGGAAGUAUCCUACACCAGGAAGUAUCUACACCAAGGAAGUAUCCUCACACCAAGGGAAGUAUCCUACACCAAGGAAGUAUCCUACACCAAGGAAGUAUCCUACACCAGGAAGUAUCCUACACCAAGUAUCCCACACCAAGGGAAGUAUCCUACACCAAAGGAAGUAUCCUACACCAAGUAUCCUACACCAAAGUAUCCUACACCAAAGUAUCCUACACCAAGGAAGUAUCCUACACCAAAGUAUCCUACACCAAAGUAUAUCCUACACCAGAAGUAUCCUACACCAGGAAGUAUCCUACACCAAAGGAAGUAUCUACACCAGGAAAGUAUCCUACCAAGGAAGUAUCCUACACCAGGGAAGUAUCCAACAAAGGAAGUAUCUACACCAAGGAAGCAUCCUACACCAAGGAAGUAUCCUACACCAAGGAAGUAUCCUACACCAGGAAGUAUCCUACACCAAGGAAGUAUCCUACACCAAAGGAAGUAUCUUACACUAAGGAAGUAUCCUACACCAAGGAAGCAUCCUACACCAAGGGAAGUAUCCUACACCAGAAGUAUCCUACACCCAAGGGAAGCAUCCUACCAAGGAAGUAUCCUACACUAAGGAAGUAUCCUACACUAAAGUAUCCUACACCAAGGAAGUAUCCUACACCAAAGAUAUCCUACACUAAGGGAAGUAUCCUACACCAAAGGAAGCAUCCUACACAAGGAAGUAUCCUACACCGAAGUAUCUACACUAAGGAAGCAUCCUCACACCAAGGAAGUAUCCUACACAAAGGAAGUAUCCUACACCAAGGGAAGCAUCCUACACCAGGGAAGCAUCCUACACCCAGGAAGUAUCCUACACCAAGGGAAGUAUCCUACACCAAGGAAGUAUCUACACUAAGGAAGUAUCCCACACCAAGGGAAGCAUCCUACACCAAGGAAGUAUCCUACACCAGAAGUAUCACCACCAAGGAAGCAUCCUACACCAAGGAAGUAUCCUACACCAAGGGAAGUAUCCUACACCAAGAAGUAUCUACACCAAGAAGUAUCUACACUAAGGAAGUAUCCUACACUAAGGGAAGUAUCCUACACCAAGGGAAGUAUCCUACACCAGAGUAUCCUACACCAAGGGAAGCAUCUACACCAGGAAGUAUCCUACACCAAGGGGUAUCACACCAGAAGUAUCCUACACCAAGGGAAGUAUCCUACACUAAGGGAAGUAUCCCAGAGAAGUAUCCUACACACCAAAGUAUCCCACAAAAUAUCCUUCACGUCAG